AUGGAGCCGGGGAGCCCCCUGCGCGCCGCCCGCUGCAACGGCUACGGGCCGGCCGAGAAGCCCCCGGCGGCGGCGGCGGCGGCGGGCUGGACGGAGGAGCGGCCGCGCAGCGAGGAGGACAACGAGCGCCACCGGCCCGCCCUGGCCGCCGCCUACGCCGCCAUCCUGCGCGCCCUGGGCGAGGACCCCCAGCGCCAGGGGCUGCUCAAGACCCCCGGCAGGGCCGCCACCGCCAUGCAGUUCUUCACCAAGGGCUACCAGGAGACCAUCACAGAUGUACUAAACGAUGCCAUAUUUGAUGAAGACCACGAUGAAAUGGUGAUUGUGAAGGACAUAGACAUGUUCUCGAUGUGCGAGCAUCACCUGGUCCCGUUUGUUGGAAAGGUUCACAUAGGAUACCUUCCUAACAAGCAAGUCCUCGGUCUCAGCAAACUAGCAAGGAUUGUGGAAAUAUACAGCAGAAGGUUACAGGUCCAGGAGCGCCUGACGAAACAGAUAGCUGUCGCCAUCACAGAAGCCUUACAGCCCGCUGGGGUCGGGGUGGUGGUCGAAGCAACGCACAUGUGCAUGGUGAUGCGAGGGGUACAGAAAAUGAACAGUAAAACUGUGACCAGCACGAUGCUUGGAGUCUUCCGGGAAGACCCGAAGACGCGAGAGGAGUUCUUGACGCUCAUCCGCAGCUAAAAGGAGGCCCUUCCGCUCAGCACUG